AUGAGAGGCUUUGAAGAUUUAUUCUUUACUAAAAAGCAUAUUAUCCUGCAGUUUUAUGAUCCUAAGUGCGCCUUUUGCUACGAAUUCUUAGAAGACUAUAACCAGUUGUAUUACUAUUUUAUGUAGCAUUACGGAGAGGAGCAGAUUUAGUUAUUUAUGAUUGAUGGGACAUAAGAAGGAUUUGAUUGGGUAAUUUCCAAGUUUAAGAUUGAACAUUGUCCUUAUGUAGUUUAUAUCCCUCCAAAGACUGAUGGUUCUGAGGAUAUGAAGAUUGGAGGUAGAUUCCAAGGAGAAGUUAUGGCCUAUCAUGAUGUUAAGGAAUGGAUUCUAGCUACUGUUAAAGAUUUGAAAGUGAAGGAAGAGACUGAUGAGUAAGAUAGCUAUGUUGACGAAAAUGAUAUUGAGAUAAUAAGUCCUGAGAGCAUUGAGAAGAAAAAGUUUAGAGAUACUGCAUAUGAUCAUGAAAUGGUUAUAGAAUAGUAAAAAAUUAAAGCAGAAGAAGAGAGAUAUCUAAAAGAGCAUAGAAUUAGGUAAGAACAAGAAAAGAAAGAGCAUGAGUUAAGACAUCAAUAGCAUCUAGAGCAGUAAAGAAAAGAAAGAGAGGAGUAAGAUAGAUUUUAAAAGGAGUAGAUUGAAUAGUAGAAUUCAUAACAUUAGCAUUAAUAAAGCAAUCAUUAGCAUGUUAAUGAUCCAUCACAUCAACACAUACACUAGUAAAAUCAUCAGCAGCAUAAAAAUCAUAAUAACAGUCAAAAUAUAGUACACAAUAAUAGUGCUGGGAAUACUCAAAAGACAAUUGUAGAUCAAAGUGGAAAUCAAUAGCAACCUGUAUAGGAUACAGUCAAACCAGAGAAUAUAAUUUAUGGAUUUACUGAAGGACCAAAAGAUAACUCUGUUACUAAAGAUCGAUAAGAAAAGUUCAACUACCUAAUUGCAUAAAUGCUUGAGAUAAAUAAAAUAUUUCACUCAAGAAUAGAUGAAGUUAGAAAAUAAGGAUUAAGCUUGCUUAAAGAAAUUAAUGAUCCCAAUCAAGAAUCGGAGAAAAGUACCAAUAAAUAGCAUAGGGGACUAAAAUUUGAUUACUUUUACUUGCUGAUUGGAUAUCUGUUUGGACUUAUUAUGACUUCUAUUGGACUUUAAAUAGUCAUUAAAAAUAUUAAAUAACAAUUUACCAAAAAGAAAAAAGCCAGGAUUUAAAGCGAGAUACUAUUUAUUCAUGACAAAUAAGUAUAUGACGAUGAUAUUGAAACAAUAGAUGAUAAUGAAUGUAGUGUUGUAGAAAGCUUAAAAUAGUCAAAUUAGAGGAAACUAUUAGGUCAAGUUCAAGAGAAGUCAGCAUGA